GUGGUAUGCGCUGCCCGUCGCCUGCCGGGCCUUUUCCGCGAGCCGCUAUAUUGCACUCCUCUGCUUCCGCGCUUUGUCCUCAUCGAAAGGUAGCAGAUCUGUGUGUCGUGUUUAGCUGCAGGCGCGCAUGGCUAACAUGGUGAGGAAGUUAGCUCUGCUAAUUAUCCUGUUUGGGGCCGUGGUGCUGCUCAUAGCUCUGCGCGCGUGCCACCUGGCCGGUGCUCGCAUCCGGCGUGGAAGGAGGAAGGGGUUGAAGAUGCUUCGACAGGGCGCAUCGGGGAGCAAAGGGAUGGGGGACGAAUACAGUCGGGGUUGUGAAGGUUUUGGGAUGGGGAGGGGGGUGUACGGAGGAGGGAGUGGAAUGCAACACAAUCUCCACCAUAGGUUUGAUCCAAAUUUGUAUUCGCAUCUCCCUCCUCACCAGCAGCCUUUGCCUGAUGACACGACCUGGACGCCCCCUCCGUCGACAUUGGGUCUGGCAUGGGGGUCGACACAGACGUCUUACGACACACCACCGCGAGUUGAAAGCACCGGAGGGGGUGUGGGUCCGAUGUCCGCUUUGCUGGGCGAAACGCGGGGCAGAGGUCGUCAUCCAUUCGAUUUGCAACUGUCACCAACGGCCACCAUGGACGUGUCUAGAACGGUCCUCGUCCAGCAGAGUCGACAGGGUGGUGGUGCGAGCACGCAGACAAUGCAUGCUUGUGUCCUUGACGACGGGGUAUCAAUGCAUCGGCCGAACCACAUGUCAAGGCCUGCACCUAGCCAGGCCGCACCAGCGGGCAGCGUGCCGUAUCACCAACCUGCGGCAGGCGCGGCCAUGCAGGAUCAGAGGGCUGAUGUGGGCGGUGUUGCGGAGUCCCCUCGAUGCGUGGAGCGUAUCGUCUGCCGGUUCAACAGCUUACAGGCGACCAGCGAAGGUGAAGGAACAGGCGCGGCCAUGCUGGAACGGAGGCCUGAUCUGGGCGGGGUUGCAGAAUCACCUCGAUGCGUGGAGCGUAUUGUCUGCCGCUACAAUAGCUCGAGGCCGACCAGCGACGGUGAUGCGGGCGGCCGUGACUGUGGUGCCAGCGAGGCGGACCGCGUCGACGUAAAAGACGAUGGCGGUGACGAGGAAGACGAAGACGAAACUCCGGUCAAGGAAGCAGUCUCCGGCGGGACGGAAAAGCAAGCUUCCAAAGUCCAUGGGAAAGCGAAGGGUAAGGAUAAAAAAGGUGAUACGAACGGCGAGGGUGGCGGGAGCGGAGCGCGGGGGAACUGGAGUUUGAACGAGUCCCUCAUUCUUGUCCGGGAGAAGGAUUCGGGACUGCAAUCGUACUUCCUCAUGACCACGAAAGCACGAAAGGAGAAAGGGUACAGGUUCAAUCUAGACCGCACUCUAUACGACGCGAUCCACAUCAUGCAGGGGAACAACCAGGCCGUCCACCCGCCGAAUCUCGUGGACACAGGCAACACACAAGGACAACAGUCACAACAAGGUGAGCAAAGCCAAGCGGCAGCGGGUGGUGGGGAAGCUGACACUUCGGUGAGCGAGAACAGGGGAGCGGAUACAGGGGACGGGUGUGGCAGCAGGUCGUCUUCAAACGGCAUUCAAGGCAAGCGGAAGAACGCCAGGCAACUGGCUUUCGAGGCGGUGACAGAUGUGAUGAAAACGCACUCGACCGUUGUCGCAGAGCUGGUGGUGGGGAAGCGGUCCUCCGACACGAGGAUGGUGAAUUGCGCACUCGUGUUCAAAGCGGAACAUAGUGGCAAUAGUGAUAUCGUAUGUGGCGGUCAUCGAGGGGUUGUCGUUACGGAAGUCGAGAUCGGACAUCGCAGCUGCGUGGGGGUGCGGCCCUGCGCAUCAAUGGACAUCCAGGUGGCGCUCAGAGGUCGUGUCCUCAGUCGUACUAUAACUUUUUACGAGAUGAAGCAUUGUCGAGGAGAGAAGGACGGCAGGUUGUUUGAUUUUGUGGGCGAGGUCAGUGGACACGAAGUGCAGCAUUACGAUGUGGACGCGAACGGUGACACGAUUCUCAACGUCAUCGUCGCGUUGGAAUAUGCGGAUGACAUGCUGCGCGAGGUGGUUGGCUACGCAACGAAAGUCGGUUGCACGAUCCCCAACCGCUGGGAAGGAGGAGUAGACGUUCUCGCUGAUAUCCUCGACCUCCUGAUGUCGAACAUAGCGAACGAGCACGACGACCGCAUGACUGUUCCUGCGGAUUUCCGGGUGCACCCGGAUCCUCCCAUGCACGACCGCCCGGGUCUCCGUGGCGAGAUCCGCAACAUCGAUGAGUAGGUGUGGAUGGAAGCAAUGGCGGCAAACCGUUCGCCGCUCGC